AUGACGGCUGGUCAAGCUGCGGCAUCAGGAGCUGAGCAGGAAUUAACCCCGAAUAAGAGGCUUGGAUUUGAAAAUUCCCCUCCGUUUGUUGAAAGAACGGCCGUUGGUGCCUAUGCUGCGGGUGGUACUGAUGCGAGUGGCGGGGCUGGUGCAGAUACAUCGGCUCAGAAAGAGAGAGCAGGUCGGGAAGGGGGAGAGGGAGGAGCGGAGGGGAGAGAGGGAGGGGGGAUGAGGAGAGAGGGAGGAUCGGAGGAGAGGGAGGGACGGGGAGAAGCGCGAGGAGCAAGGAGAAGACGAGAGGACAGCGAAGAGCCUCCGAGUAACACGGAGAAGAGGCUUAGAGGCUUCGAGGCGCAGGCAGUCACUGCAACCCAGGCGGAGGAUAUUAAUCCAGACUUAAAUCCUGACCUGAAUAGGCCUUUAACUACUGAUCUACACGUUGACGCGCAUCGCCAUCUGACCGCGCUUUCGCUCUCCACCGCCCCUCUGUCGCCCCAGUACCCUCCCGCUCCUCCGCGCCGAGCCGCCACCAGGGUCGGGCAGCUCAUGCUCAUCCGAGCCUGCCACAGCGAGCAGCUUCGGCGGUUCAGCCUCGGCACAGCCCUGGGGCUGCGCACGAGGAACGGGAUUCUCACGGACCUGCCUGCAAUCAUUGUGUUUGUGCCUCGGAAGGUUCAUGAGCAGUGGCUGCUGCCUUCCCAGAUGCUUCCUAGCAAGCUCCAGGGACCAGAUGGAUACGAAUGUGACGUGGAUAUAGUUGAGUUUUCUUAUUACGGUGGGCAUGGGGGCGGUGGGGGUCCUACGCAGCAGCCGCAGCUAAUUAGUAACGAAUUAGUGGAGAGAUUAAGAGGCAGCGGUUCUAGGAUCGGUCCCGGCUCGCAAAUUGCGAGCGAGGAGAUGUAUGGGACGCUAGGAGCUAUAGUUAGGAGCCUGACUGAGCCACGUGGAUUAGGGUUUCUGACUAACAGACACGUGGCAGUUGACUUUGACCAGCCGAAGCAGAAAAUGUUCCACCCGCUGCCGUCUUCGCUAGGCCCGGGGAAGUACCUAGGCUCGGUGGACCGAGCCUCGUCGUUUGCCUCGGACCACCUCUGGUACGGCGUGUUUGCCGGGCAGAGCCCGGAAACUUUUGUUCGGGCAGAUGGGGCGUUUAUUCCGUUCCAUGAGGAGUUUGACGUGGGUCUGCUGACCACGUGGCUGGAGGGGAUUGGGCGGAUUGGCAAGCCGCACGAGAUCAGAUUGCAGGACGAGAUUUUCAGCGUGGCAGGGCAACACGUGUGCAAGGUUGGCAGCAGCUCAGGUUUAACCCGGGGCAUGGUGAUGGCGUAUGCAGUGGAGUACAACGAUGACAAGGGCAACACGCUCUUCACGGACCUGCUCGUCGUGGGGGAGGACGGCAUGCCCUUUGACGUCGAGGGGGACUCGGGGAGCCUUAUCCUCAUGCACGCCCCUCCGAUGCUGGUGCCUGUGGGUAUGAUAUGGGGGGGAACAGCGAAUAGAGGGAGGCUGAAGCUGCGGCAGGGGAAUGGGAGGGAGAAUUGGACGAGCGGGGUGGAUUUGCAUCGGCUUCUGACGCUGCUGGAUCUCGAGAUGGUUACCACCGAUGAGGAGUUACAAGAGUAUGCCUCGGCCCAGGCACAAGCAGCAAAGGCAAGGGAUGCUAGCCGAGCAUCUUCAGAUCAGGGGAAAAUGCCCUAA